GGAGGCGUGGAGGCGACGCCGCGCAACAGGCCCGCUUCUGGGUCGGUGCAGGGGAGGCUGCCUUUCCGGAGGGAUGAAACGGGCCUGGGAGAGGGGAGCGAGCGUGGCCGUCUGUCCUUCAAAUGAUCUGGCUGCUCGAUCACGCCUUUCUAAGUGUCUUCCUGAAAAUGUAAUGGAUAGGUAACAGAGAACUCUCUGCGCUGUCCUGUCAAGGAGGCAGGAUGACCGAGUGCUUCCUGCCCCCCACCAGCAGCCCUAGUGAACAUCGAAGGGUGGAGCACGGCAGUGGUCUGCCUCGAACCCCCAGCUCGGAGGAGAUCAGUCCUACCAAAUUUCCUGGGUUGUACCGCACCGGUGAGCCCUCUCCUCCCCAUGACAGCCUCCACGAGCCUCCUGAUAUAGUGUCUGAUGAUGAGAAAGACCAUGGCAAGAAGAAAGGAAAAUUUAAGAAAAAGGAAAAAAGGACUGAAGGCUAUGCUGCCUUUCAAGAAGAUAGCUCUGGAGAUGAAGCGGAAAGCCCUUCUAAGAUGAAGAGAUCCAAGGGAAUCCAUGUUUUUAAGAAACCCAGCUUUUCUAAAAAGAAGGAGAAAGACUUUAAAAUAAAAGAGAAACCCAAAGAAGAAAAACAUAAAGAAGAAAAGCACAAAGAAGAAAAACAUAAAGAGAAAAAGUCAAAGGACUUGACAGCAGCGGAUGUUGUUAAACAAUGGAAGGAAAAGAAAAAAAAGAAGAAGCCAAUUCAGGAGCCAGAGGUGCCUCAAAUCGAUGUUCCAAAUCUCAAGCCCAUUUUUGGGAUCCCAUUGGCUGAUGCAGCAGAGCGAACCAUGAUGUAUGAUGGCAUUCGACUGCCAGCAGUUUUCCGUGAAUGUAUAGAUUAUGUAGAGAAGUACGGCAUGAAAUGUGAAGGCAUCUACCGAGUUUCAGGAAUUAAAUCAAAGGUGGAUGAGCUAAAAGCUGCCUAUGACCGAGAGGAGUCUCCAAACUUGGAAGAAUACGAACCCAACACCGUAGCCAGUUUGCUGAAGCAGUAUUUGCGAGAUCUUCCGGAGAAUCUGCUUACCAAAGAGCUCAUGCCCUGCUUUGAAGAGGCCUGCGGGAGGAGCACAGAGAGUGAGAAAGUGCAGGAGCUGCAGCGCUUGCUGAAGGAACUGCCCGAAUGUAACUAUCUUCUGAUUUCCUGGCUGAUUGUGCACAUGGCCCAUGUUAUUGAGAAAGAACUGGAAACAAAAAUGAACAUACAGAACAUUUCUAUAGUGCUCAGCCCAACGGUUCAGAUUAGCAAUCGUGUCCUGUAUGUGUUUUUCACUCAUGUGCAAGAGCUUUUUGGGAAUGUGACACUGAAGCAAGUGACAAAGCCUCUCCGAUGGUCUAACAUGGCUACCAUGCCUGCACUGCCCGAAACCCAGGAGCGCAUCAAAGAGGAGAUCAGGAGACAGGAAUUUCUUUUGAAUUGUUUACAUCGAGAUCUGCAGGGUGGAAUUAAGGAUUUAUCUAAAGAAGAAAGAUUAUGGGAAGUACAAAGAAUUUUGACAGCCCUCAAAAGAAAACUGAGAGAAGCUAAAAGACAAGAGUGUGAAACCAAGAUUGCCCAAGAGAUAGCCAGUCUUUCAAAAGAGGAUGUUUCCAAAGAAGAAAUGAAUGAAAAUGAAGAAGUCAUAAAUAUUCUCCUUGCACAAGAGAAUGAAAUCCUGACGGAGCAGGAGGAACUUUUGGCCAUGGAGCAGUUUUUGCGCCGACAGAUCGCUGCGGAGAAAGAAGAGAUUGAGCGCCUCAGAGCUGAGAUCGCGGAGAUUCAGAGCCGCCAGCAACACGGCCGGAGUGAGACUGAGGAGUACUCGUCUGAGAGCGAGAGCGAGAGCGAGGAUGAAGAGGAGCUUCAGAUCAUCUUGGAAGAUCUGCAGAGGCAGAACGAAGAGCUCGAAAUAAAGAACAAUCAUUUGAACCAAGCGAUCCACGAGGAGCGGGAGGCGAUCAUUGAGCUGAGGGUGCAGCUCCGCCUGCUUCAGCUGCAGCGAGCCAAGGCCGAGCCGCCUGCAGACGACGACGAGCCUGAGAGACGUGGGGGGGCGGCACAGCCCCCCCGGGACCCGGUCCCGGACAUGAAAGUGGCUAAAGAGCAGCAGGCCAAGCCGUCGCCCGGCAGAGACAGGAAGGAGACCCCCAUCUGAGGGCGGAGCAGCCCCGUGCGUCUUACUGUGAGGCGAGCCGUGGCUCCCUGUACAUUCUGUAAAGCCCCUCCGAGACCCUCCCCACUCCGCACCGUCAUGCAGGCUCAGGUUACCAGGAGGCCACGCAGUGGGCACGGUGGGCGUGGAGGGGACACUUGGGUUUCCAGAUAGGGUCGGCUUCUUCGAAGAUUAAUUUUCUUUGUUAACUUAAAAUAACUUUUAACCCUUGA